AUGGUGUUAAAUAAUUUAACACAUGUUUGUAUUAUAGGAGACCAUUUACAAUUUGAUAGUGUUGAACAGUUUAUCAAAAAUUCUGCUCAUCAGAUUAAAGUGAUACACAUUUCAUCAUUUCUGUUAUGGUCCAAUUAUCCACCAUGGGUAAAACUAAUUUCAUCUUGUUUAUCACAUGUACGUGUCUUUGAUUUUCCUGGUGAAGACAUAAAUCAUUGUCGUCGUGUACUACAAACCUAUGAAUCAAUAUAUAAUCCUCGUUAUGACUCUUUUCCACAUGUGCAACAAUGGUUCUUUACACAUGAACCUAUACCAGACGCUUAUUUACAUGAAAUAUUCUAUUCAAUACGGACACAUAAAGCAAACAAUGUUGUAUUGACUCGCCAUUCAAAUUUUUAA